AUGUUCCCGGCGUCAAAGGUCACUAGGGCGACGUGGAGGGCUCGAGACGAAGCAGCUGAACUCGCGCGGAUCAAAAGGGAGUCUGCGGAAAAAGCGGAAAAGACCGGGAACGAAUUGAUCAUCAAGUUCGCGGGAAAAGCGGAAACGGCCGAUGAUGAAUUGACCUUCGCGGAAAAAGCGGAAAAGACCGGGAAAGAAUUGACCAUCAAGUUCGAGGAUAUGAUGGAUCGAAGGACGAAAAACGAGGAGUCGAUCGACACGUUCAUUGCGAGCCAAGAUUACGAUGAUUUGAUUGUGUUGAUACAUGAAGCGAACAAGGAAAUCCCACUCGAGUACGCUAUCCAACCACUCUCGUUCAUCAUGAGCAAGCUCUCACAGAAUGAUCAAAAAAUAUUGAUCGAAGCGGCCCACGGAAGCGCAGAACCCGAUAUCAGAGAAUUGGGGUGGAAUCUUUUUCGCAUUUACAUCCGCCAGCACUAUAACCACUCUGGCGAUUUGAAAGUAAUUGAGCCUCCCAAAGACAAGGUGCCACGCACAUGA